AAAACUUCACUUGAAAUACACCUUAAACCAACUGUUUCAACUGAAAAAUAUUUCAAUUUAAGAAAUCCAAAACUUCAAUUUGCUAAUGGUCCUAAGUGCCCUGUCACUGGAAAGAGGAUUCAGGGGAUUCCUCACCUGAGACCAGCUGAGUACAAGAGGUCCAGGCUGUCUAGGAAUAGGAGGACUGUGAACCGUGCCUAUGGUGGAGUAUUGUCUGGAGGAGCAGUGAGGGAGAGGAUUGUCCGAGCUUUCUUGGUGGAAGAGCAAAAAAUUGUUAAGAAGGUUUUGAAGAUCCAAAAAGCCAAAGAAAAGUUGGCAUCUAAGAGUUGAGCAGAGAGUUUAGAGGAACUUUCUUUUUAUGUUUUGGUGAAAUUUUGACAUUCAAGUGUUUACUAGUUUUGUGCUACAAAUUGACCUUGUUGCUACAACAAUUUAAGGCAGUUUUUUGCUUUAGUUGAUUAUAUUUUGACUCCA